AUGACUAAGUGGAUGCCUUAAGAGGAUAAUAAACUUCCAGGUUUCUCUACUCAUUAUGUUGGAGUUGGAGGACUAGUCAUUAGCAAAGAUAAAUCAAAGAUCUUAGCUAUUUAAGAAUCAAAGCCAUUGAUCAAGGAUUUGUGGAAACUACCAGGUGGGCUUGUAGAAAGGGGUGAAAAUCUUUAAACCGCCUGCAUAAGAGAAGUAUUUGAAGAAACAGGUGUUUAAGCGAAGUUUAAAGAUUUGAGACACUUGAAAUUCACAAGAAUGGCUACAAAUGUUUGCAAUAUCUUAUUGAAGUCAAAGGAGGCUGAGGAAAAGAAAGAAGGAUAAUCAGGUUUAGUGAAUUUGAAAUAGGUUCCACUAGGAGAUUUAUUUAAAACAACAGCAUUUACUCCAGAGGAAUAUGAGCUUUUUGGAACUUAAAAUAUCUUCUACAGUAGUGAAUAUAUGAAAUUAGUUGGAGAAAGUAUCAAAAAUCAAAACGAUUCUGCAAAGUUGUGA